UAGUAUCUAAAUGCUGUACACGACUUAUUAAUAGUUUAAAGAAAACAAAGGUUGUUUUGAAUCUAGAUGUAUAGGAUUCUUUUCAUAUCCGGGUAUUGUACUUGAAUAUACUGUACAUGACUUAUUAAUAGUUUAAAGAAAUCAAAGGUGGUAUUGAAUCUAGAUGUAUAGAAUUCUUUUCAUAUCCGGGUCUGGUUCCCUUUAUCUGAGAGAUUACUGUAUGUUUGAAUGCCUGGCGUAAUUUUUGUUUGAUCAGUUGGUGGCUCUUUGAACUCGAUAUUUCGUUUUGACUUUAUUUCUCAUUUGGAACCCUGUCAUCAAAGUGUAAAGUGUGAUAAAAAUGACAUCGUCUCGGACUAAGCUGCCUUGGUCCUCCAGCCAGGUGCCGCCCAGUCAAGUGAUUCUGACCAUUUUCCUGUGCUUAGCCAUCUUUUUUGGCCUGGUUAAGCUCGUCGCCAUCCCGCUGCGCAUCGAUGACUUUGACAGCUUCAGACCAAAUCUCACUGAGGAUGUGCAGUCACCAGAUACCAGGUCAAGGAUUUGGAAAAUCUGAGAUAGACCCCUGAGCCCGGCCAGCAAUCAUCUACGUUCUGUGGCAAUGUGGGAAUGCGAUGCCAGGUUGUGUGGGUGGCACAUCGGAGACCAAAGCUUGGUGCUGCGCUUUGCAAUUGCAAUUGUAAUUGCAAAUUAAUUAAAUUUAAGCAUGAACAACAUGUCAGACGGCCCUAACGCCGUUCAAAUCCAAUUUACGAUGGCAAUUAAACGCAAUUUAACAGCGUAUUUGCUUAUCAUUGUAGUCUACUGAGCAGAUUCGAACGCUUUUUGAACGUCCGAUUUGCGUGGAGUGAAUAACAAACAAAAGUUUGCGAGUUUGCGAAUCGCGGCAAAUAUUGUGUCUACAAAUGUUCUAAUAUUAGAUCCAUUGCCAAUCCAAAACUAUUCCCAUGCAGUGCAGCGGCCAAUUGAAAAAUUACUAGACGAGCAAAAAAGAAAAUUAUAUAAUCACAUGUUGUUCGGUAGCACGAAUAUGAACGUGUGUAUAAUUCAUCCAGCAAUUCUGGCCUAGCAAUUCUAUUUUAGUGAUCUAUUUAAUAUCCAUGGUGAUUAGCUUUAUUCGUGCAAUUACGUUUUCGAGUAGUUAUCUUUGAAAAUUCGGAUUUUGUGGCGCACUCAGAUAACGCCAAAGAUAAUAAAACAUUAUAACACCAGACUGUCUCGUAAAAAAGGUAGCUUGCAAAGAUAAUAGCAACAUAAUAUAUUUUGUGACAUUGUAAAGCUUAAGAAAUUCUCAAAAUGAAUGUGUGUAGAACCCUUGACAUAAAAUGUUUUCCUCACCGUAACUUAAAUAGAUAAGAGCAACUAUGUUUUCCCUAAAAGUCAACCUAUGUAGUUUAAAUGGUUACUAACUAUAUAUAAUUUUAAGUUCCGAAGCUACUUUAAAGAGCCACAUUCAAAUAUGUUAAAUACAAUUGAUUUCUAAACUAAUUAAGCGAAAGCGCGUAAUGGAGCAUCUGUUAAUAGAAUUUAAGCUAAACUAAAUUUAUUAUUAUGUCAUUCAGGUAAUAGAGUGUUUUUUUUGCUGUCCUAUACUCAGACUAGCGUGACAGUUUAUUCAUCGUACUUCAACAAAUGAAAACAGAAAGACCAGUAACCAAAACCAAAACCGAAACCGAAACCAAACCAAUUGUACAAUUGUUUUGUUUGGCCGCUGUUCAUCUGCGGUCAAUAAAAUCAGCCACGCUCUGCGAUCCCGCAAAUAUUUAAAUUCAGUAAUUGUAUUUUAUUUUUGGGACCCUCUACUAAAUAUUCCCGUUCUUUAUAGUUAUCGUUUUAUGUCAACUCACUUUCAGUAGCUUCCUUUUCUGAUAAGCAAUACAGUAAGGACUGACACAAUGGAACCAGAGUGGUUUAUCAAAGUGGAAGCUAUCAGGCAUAAAACAGAAACAUGGCAUUCGUAUUUAAAACUUAGUUUCUUUGUUUAUUCAUUGCAAUUCAUGAUGAUUUAUAUACGGAAAUCAUACUAUGAUUCAUUUAAAGAACGAACACUAGUUGAUAUCCCAUUAGAAAACAAACUGAUUACAGUAUUAAUAAACUCUUUAAAAUUCCAUUCCUUAAAACUUGUUCUACCGUAUGGAGUAGAGAGCUUAUCUACAAGUGUUCUCAAGUAACUAUUAUUUUCUGUCCCAAUUAACAAUAUCUAUUACUCUGUUCAAUGGAUAAGAAGAAACGUCGGAAUCGGAGUUCUUAAUUAAAUAUUGAUUGAAAGGCUUUGCUGAUAGAUAAUUGAUUGCUGAUUAAUGAAUAGGUAUUGGUCUAUUCACGUCAAUCUUAUGUGCCACCUUUUGGAGUCCAUUGAACAUUGUUCUAUAGUAAGGCCCGCAGGGCACAGCUGAUUUAAGGUUAUUGGGUUAGUCCAUUCAAAUUCAAAUUCAAAAUCCGAUUUCUGCAGUU